CGUUCCCAGGGUUCCGUGAGAGCCGUUUGCCCCACCCCACCUCUUCAACGCUAUCUAUCUCAAUGUUCAAUCCUCAGAGAGAAAAGGGGGCAAAAAUAAUUCAGAGUAACACCGCAAAGAAACGAUUCUGCUCUCCCCGGCCGGUCCACCGGAGCCGACGCGGCCUCUCGGCGGUUAAAGGUAAACGUCUUGGACAGUGACUGAGAGCACCGCGGUGUGUUCAUGUAUCAUGCACAUGUAACCAUAAUCUGCCGUACGGAUUCAAAGGGAAUACACAAACCUGAGAGACUUGACAGCGGGCUGUACCUGUGCCAAACGGGGAAAUAACGGAGGCUUUUUUCCACCAGUAUCACCUGGAUAUCGCGUUAUAUUCAAGGACAUCCGACUGCCAAAAACCAAUCGCCUUUGCUUCCCGAUGUGAGGAGAAAUACAAAUUAACGUGACAGAGAGAAAAAGGACGAAGAAGGGGCCUCUUUUCUUCUGGGGUCUGGUCAAACCCUCCGAAAAAAAGCAAAGCACCAGCAUCUGUGGACGGGGAGAGGAAAUAAUUUCGGCUAAAAACAAGAUAUUAUUGAUAACAACCCCCCCAGCUCCCAAAAAAACGGUGUAUUCCUGACGAGUUGUGAUAGAGAAAGAAGCCCCGGUGUAGCCUGAUGAUUCACAUGCCGUCAUUUUAAGAGGAAAUAUUUAUUUUUUAUGUGUUUCCCACCCGCCCUCUGAUGUGCUUUGGUUAGUUGGAUUGCAAACAACAUUUGCAAAAAUACACAUUUAAAUCAUAGAGAUAAAUAGUGUUGUGUGUGGGAAAGGAUUGAAUGGCAGUGUGAGAUAUCUGCCGAAGAUGGGCUCCAGAGGAGACAUUUGCUUAGACAUCUAAACAUAUACGUUGAAAACAGCUAUAAGGAAACCGGACCACCGACGUUCAUUCAUGUACAUUACAGGGCUGGAAAAUUCACAUCCACUCUCUCAUAUCAAUGUUGAUGACUUCAUUGCUGAUUUACAGUGAAAAACACAGGAAUCAAGCGACUGAGAGGGCGGCAUCGUUGCUCUGCUGCUUUUUAUAUGUAGUGAUCUCCUGCCAGUAAAUAGCCACAUCCAUCGGAUACAUAUUGUGCCAAAGCCUGGUGGAGCUCACCGUCUACUACCUAACAUCUUCUUUCAUCUGGCAACAUAAAUGUCACCCAUUUUGAGCCAGGUGUUUCUCUGUUGGGCCAGUCUAGGAAUUUAGGAUUGAUUGAUUUUCUCCUGAUCAACACCCUCCCUCCUUCCUCCCUUCCUACACCUACCUACCAAAACACCCACCCUGCCUCCCCCCUGAACCUAUCACUGGGUUUUUUUGGGAAGAUGGGCUGUCUUGGCAAUAGUAAGACUGAAGACCAACGAAAUGAGGAGAAGGCACAGAGGGAAGCCAACAAAAAGAUAGAGAAGCAGCUCCAAAAAGACAAACAGAUAUACCGGGCCACUCACCGGCUACUACUAUUAGGGGCCGGUGAAUCCGGGAAAAGCACGAUAGUCAAACAGAUGCGAAUAUUGCACGUCAAUGGCUUCAACGCAGAGGAGAAAAAACAGAAAAUCCAUGAUAUUAAAAACAACAUUAAAGAAGCUAUAGAGACGAUCAUUGCUGCCAUGAUCACGCUCACACCGCCAUGCAAGUUAGCCUGUCCUGCAAACCAGUCCCGAAUCGAGUAUGUCAUGCACCAAGUCAACCGGAAGGAUUUUGAGUUUCCUUCAGAGUUUUAUGACCAUGCAAAGUUCCUCUGGCAGGACGAGGGUGUGCGGUCCUGCUGGGAUAGGUCUAACGAAUAUCAACUCAUCGACUGCGCACAGUACUUCUUAGACCGGAUCGAGGUGGUCAGGCAGAACGACUACACACCCACUGACCAGGACCUGUUGAGAUGCAGAGUGUUGACAUCUGGGAUCUUCGAGACACGAUUUCAAAUAGACAAAGUCAAUUUCCAUAUGUUCGAUGUUGGAGGUCAGAGGGAUGAACGUCGAAAAUGGAUCCAGUGUUUUAACGAUGUGACAGCCAUCAUCUUUGUGGUGGCGAGUAGCAGCUACAACAUGGUGAUCAGAGAAGACAAUCAGACCAACAGACUACAGGAAGCCCUCAACCUCUUCAAAAACAUCUGGAACAACAGGUGGCUACGGACCAUUUCGGUAAUCCUCUUCCUGAACAAACAGGACCUGCUCGCUGAGAAGGUUUUGGCAGGGAAAUCAAAAAUUGAGGAGUAUUUUCCGGAGUUCGCACGCUACACUACGCCUGAUGAUGCAAUACCAGAACCAGGGGAGGAUCCCCGUGUCACAAGGGCGAAGUACUUCAUUCGGGAUGAGUUUCUGAGGAUCAGCACAGCCAGCGGGGACGGACGGCAUUACUGUUACCCCCACUUCACCUGCGCCGUCGACACAGAAAACAUCCGCCGCGUCUUCAAUGACUGUCGCGACAUCAUUCAGAGGAUGCACCUACGGCAGUACGAGCUCUUGUGAUGGGCAGCGGUGACCGGCCUACGUAUCUACCUACCUAUCUAUCCCCCCCUCCCCCCCGACCAGUUAGCCAAUCACGUCCCCCCUUCACCUCACCCAACUUCACCAAACAGCCGAGCCCUCUCCUCCAUCCUGAUUCCUCUCCAGGUGACUUCAGUGGAAGACUUUUCUUCAAAAAAAGGAGUUAAGGAAGACAUUUCCAUCAACUAUUAGCCAGGACUGACUGCUGUACUCAGAAACACUUUGACCCAGGAAGAGGGUCCAGACUGGAAUCCCUCUGUGCAGGCUAUCCCUCCUUUCAGCUCUCUCUCAGAUAUAAACACACACUGGCAGGUACACACACACUACAGCAUUCAGAGCCCUUAAAUAGAUUGUAAUGUCUAAUAUCACACACACAGAGAGCCUUUUAAAACGGAGUCCUCCUGCUCGACAGUCGGCAGAGGCUGAGUUGAAUAACGCAUUCUGAGAGAGAGGAGUUUAUUCCCCGUCUGCUGAAGGAGGAAGGGAAGAGGAGAACAAUGGACAUGGAGGAUGGAGAACUGAUACAGAGGAGGGCUGUGAGCCUUUUUUGUUGCCCGAACAGAUGGACUAAUUGACUAACGGCUGCCUGUGGACGUGAGCGUGACUCAAACAUAAGACCACGCGGCUCACAUGACCCGCUCUUCAAGACACCAAUCGAAGAGAAAACUACAAAAAAAUGGAGGAGGAAAAAAAUUAAAAUAAAUACCAUACAAUGCAUACCAGUGAACUUCAUGCAGUGCAAAAAAUCCAAGCU